AUGGAUCCUCUCUUACCCUUGAAAAACUUCAUCCGUCACCAUCCGCAUAUUGACCAUCAUGCACACCACAUACCAAAUCGCUAUUCCGCAAGUCAUGAAAGCAAUUACCCGGUAGAGUGUGUCUUGAUCGAGAGCUGGGCGCAUCGCCUGGAAACUUCCCAUGCUUCUCUGCCAUCCCAGCGCGCUAUCAAUCAACUCGGCGAGCUGUAUGGAACUUUGUGUUCCACAUGGGAGGAUGUGGUCGCCGCACGCACUCAGUAUCUCAAAGAGGACUACAACGGGAUGCUGCGGCGCAGUCUUCACGGCACGCACAUGCUCCUUUUGAGUGAUCCUCUCGUAGAUGGGACUUACUCAGAUGGAGAUGGUCUGGUUCAAUCGCGUGAAUGGCACGACCGCUUUGCUCCCUCGCCCAUGAAAAUCAUAGUUUGCAUUGAGACCAUCGCAGAGUCUGUGCUCAGCGACAUCAUGAACGAGGAUCGCAGAUCGGAAGAAAGUGUAUGGAGUCUGUUUCGCACUAAAUUUCUUGAUGCGAUUGAGCUUGCCAUGAGCGACUCAGCCGUUGUCGCCUUCAAGACAGACGUGUGUACCCGAAGUGGUCUCGAUGUUGCUCCAACAUCGCCGGACGAUGCUUCAUUGACUGCAGCUCUGCACAGGAUCCUGGACUUGGGCUCCAAGAAGCACGGUUACAAGUUCGAGGAGAAGCUAGUUCUUGACUGGAUGGUCUUGCAGAUUAUGAAGCGCAAUUCCUCUCGGUAUGGGGGGCUAUCAGUAAAGCCCCUCCAAUUUUCGACUGCACUGACUACCGACGAGAUGGGCCGCAGCGAGACAAGGCCCGGCAGGGAAAAUCCUAUCUUGCUCCAGCCAAUCAUUCGCGAGUACCCUGGUUCACCCGUCGUGCUGCUACAUGCAGCUUAUCCAUACACGAAGGAGGCAGGCUAUCUCGCCAGUCGAUACCCGGUCGUCUUCGUUGAUUUCAGCAAAGUCUUUCCUUGUAUUAGCCGCGAUGGUCAAGAAAGAAUCCUCCGGGAGAGUUUAGAGAUCGCCUCUACUAAUCGCCUUCUUUGGAGCACGGGUGGGCAAAUUUAUCCGGAGACGUUUUGGCUGUCGAAUCGGCAAUUUCGACAAGCAUUGGAAAAGAUUCUGAUUGAAUACGUUCAAUGCGGUGACUGCAAUAUCAUGCAGGCCAAGAACAUUGCCAAAGACAUUCUGUUCAAUAAUGCAAACAAGCUCUACUCCCUCGGGCAAACAGCAGAAUACAGCCUUUGA